CUGCUGAAAGAAAAGGCGAUAUACAUUUUCUGAAGCACAGCGUAAUGAAGGCACAUAAAUGCUUUCAGUGUGGAAAGUACUUCAAAUACAGGUCAAAGCUCCUUGUGCACCAAAGAAUCCACAGAGGGGAGAAAUCUUCCGAAUACUCAGAGAGUGGAAAGGGAUUGAGUCAGGGUGGCACUCUUCAUCAGCAUCAAAGAACCCACACAGGGGACAAAGCGUUCAAAUGUUCAGUGUGUGGAAAGAGAUUCAGUCGGAGUAGCCAUUACAAGCAGCAUCAAAGAACCCACACAGGAGAGAAACCUUUUGAAUGCUCAGAAUGUGGGAAGAAAUUCAGUCAUAGUAGCAAUCUUCAGCAGCAUCAAAGAACUCACACAGGAGAGAAACCUUUUGAAUGCUCAGAGUGUGAGAAGAAAUUCCGUCGUAGUAGUGAUCUUCAGCAGCAUCAAAGAACCCACACAGGGGACAAACCGUUCAUAUGUUCAGUGUGUGGAAAGAGAUUCAAUCGGAGUAGCCACUUUAAGCAACAUCAAAUAACCCACACAGGAGAGAAACCUUUUGAAUGCUCAGAGUGUGGGAAGAAAUUCAGUCGUCGUAGUGUUCUUCAGCAGCAUCAAAGAACCCACACAGGGGACAAACCAUUCGAAUGUUCAGUGUGUGGAAAGAGAUUCAAUCACAGUAGCCAUUUUAAGCAGCAUCAAAGAACCCACACAGGGGAGAAACCUUUUGAAUGCUCAGAGUGUGGGAAGAAAUUCAGUCGUAGUAGCGAUCUUCAGCAGCAUCAAAGAACCCACACAGGGGAGAAACCUUUUGAAUGCUCAGAGUGUGGGAAGAAAUUCAAUCAUAGUAGCAAUCUUCUGCAGCAUCAAAGAACCCACACAGGGGAGAAGCCUUUUGCAUGUUCAGAGUGUGGAAAGAGAUUCAGUCGUAGUAGCGAUCUUCAGCGGCAUCAAAGAACCCACACAGGGAAGAACCUUAUGAAUACUCAGUGUGGGAAGAUAUUCAGUCUGAGUAGCCAUUUAAACAGCAUCUAA